CCCGGGACCUUCCUUACAUCUCGAGCAAUCUACUGUACAUCGAAACAUCUCUCCAUCGCAUACACUUGCUCAUUCGAUUCAGCAAGAUGCGGCCUUCGUGGGAUUCAAUGCGCCUGUUACUGCUGGCGUCUACUUUUCUGCCUGCGUACGCCGCUACUACUUGGGGCUUCACAGAUGCCACCGUGGCAGUUCAGGCGAAGGGUGCUGGAAUUGGAAAUGAAUUCAAGGAGAAGAUUUCUGAGAACAAGCCAUUGUCCAAGCCCGUCUCGCUCGGCGGUUCCGAUACUCUGAAGGUCGCGCUGACCGUCCAAGAAGGAGGUUCGGCGAAACGACCGCAUCAAGCUUUCCUUCUCUUGACCGAUCCCAAUACUGGUCUCGAUAUUUCUUAUCCAUUCAAUGUGAAGGAGACUGGCAAAUCCAAGCUGGAAUUGACUCAAAAAGACGUCCCGUACCAACUGCUGAAGAGCACGCAGCCGAUUGAUGCUAGCAUAGUGAUCGGAUCAUUCGGAAGCAGCAAGGGAUAUCGUGGGGAAGCUUUCAAAUUGGCGAUUGAUCGCGAUGUCAAUGUGCCACUACCGGCGACGGGGGCCCCCAAAUACGGCAAGCUUGCAGAAAUCCACCAUAUCUUCAAGCCGGACCCGAAGAACCCUCCAGUUAUUAUGACACUAGUCUUUGUCGGAGCGGUUCUGGCCACUCUUCCAGUGCUAGCUGCUAUUUGGAUCUAUCUCGGUGCGAAUCUCAACCAUCUCCCUGCAGCAGUGAAAUCGGCGCCGGUUCCUCACGCCCUUUUCGUUGGGUCCAUCGUGGGAUUGGAAGGCAUCUUUUUCUUAUACUAUGUCUCCUGGAAUCUGUUCCAGAUGCUCCCGGCUGCUGUUGCAGUGGGCCUUGUUACCUUCCUCAGUGGCAGUCGUGCUCUGAGUGAGGUUUAUGAGAGACGUCUGAAGGGCUUAAGAUGAAUUCACGGUAAUGUUUUGGUGUUGUUGCUCGGUCGGGUUGUCUCCCGCUGCUCGAGGUCUACUGUUUCGUAAGCGCAUGGUGGAUUGCCUGGUGCAGCCAGCUUCAUGAUCCAACCUUCAAAUAUACCAAGAUCUGUAUUUAGGAGAAAAUCCCUAGUCUAUUGUUUCAUAUCUUCGCUGUAACGUGUCUGUUGUAGGUGUAGAAUCAUCAAAU